GGGGUGGGACCCGGGGAGACGCUGCUAUUAAAUGGCCUAGCCCAGGCCGCUCAGGCGGCCUUUUCCUGGUGUUCAGGUCUCUCUGGUGGGAGAAAGUUCAUCUCGAUCGCAGCCAGGCCUGGAAGUCCCCGCCGUGCCCUCCUGGGGAAGCGUGGGCUGCUCGGGGUCGCGCUGGGAGGGCGCAUCCCGUAGCAGAGCUGUUUGCCUUGUAGUGCUCAGGGUCCCACCCGCCAUGCCAGUGAUACCCAAGUGAAAAAUUUCCCCACAGUGCAUCUGCCCGGUGUUGCCUUACGGCCAGCAAGCUGUUUCUGUGGAUACCAAGACGUAAGCUGCUCAGGCCGUGCUUGGAAUGCUCCCUGUGCAACUAUCAUGUGAUAGGCAAUGGCACAAGUUAAGAUGCAGACUACAGCAAACCUGUCUGGACCUACCAUGACCCCUAUGGUGCUACCCCUACCAGUUACAACUACAAAUACACUGGGUCUGCCAUCCUCAAUGAAUGGAUCCAUUUCUGAAUCAGCUGCCAGUUGUAGCAGUCCUACUGCCAGCCUUGUGGAUCCUGCGCCUUCUAGCAACUCACCAGCUCCUCUCCAAGAUAACAUGGCAAACCCCAAAGAGAAAACUCCAAUGUGUCUGGUAAAUGAGUUAGCCCGUUUCAAUAGAAUUCAACCCCAGUAUAAGCUUCUGAAUGAAAGAGGGCCUGCUCAUGCCAAGAUGUUCACAGUGCAGCUGACUCUCGGAGAACAGACAUGGGAAGCUGAAGGAAGCAGUAUUAAAAAGGCCCAACAUGCUGCUGCUAGCAAAGCAUUGAAUGAAACUACCCUUCCCAAACCAACGCCUAGACCACCCAAAAAUAAUGUUAACAAUAACCCAGGCAGUAUAACUCCAACAGUGGAGCUGAAUGGUCUGGCCAUGAAAAGAGGAGAGCCUGCCAUCUACAGGCCAUUAGAUCCCAAGCCAAUUCCCAAUUAUAGAGCAAAUUAUAAUUUCCGGGGCAUGUACAAUCAGAGGUAUCACUGCCCAGUGCCUAAAAUUUUCUAUGUCCAGUUAACUGUUGGCAACAGUGAGUUUUUUGGUGAAGGAAAGACUCGUCAAGCUGCUAGACAUAAUGCUGCAAUGAAGGCCCUUCAAGCUCUCCAGAAUGAGCCUAUUCCAGAAAAAUUACCUCAGAAUGGAGAAACAGGAAAAGAAUCGGAAGAAGAUAAAGAUGCAAACAAGUCUGAAAUCAGUGUAGUGUUUGAAAUUGCUUUGAAGCGCAAUAUACCUGUCAGUUUUGAGGUGAUUAAAGAAAGUGGACCCCCUCACAUGAAGAGUUUUGUUACACGAGUCACGGUAGGAGAAUUCACUGCAGAAGGAGAAGGCAACAGUAAGAAACUCUCAAAGAAACGUGCUGCAAUGGCUGUCCUACAAGAACUUAAGAAACUUCCUCCUCUUCCUGUGAUUGAAAAGCCAAAACUUUACUUUAAAAAGCGUCCAAAAACAAUAUUGAAGACUGGACCAGAAUAUGGUCAAGGAAUGAAUCCCAUCAGUCGACUGGCUCAGAUCCAACAGGCCAAGAAGGAGAAGGAGCCAGAGUAUGUUCUUCUGUCAGAGAGAGGAAUGCCUCGCCGUCGAGAGUUUGUUAUGCAGGUAAAAGUAGGCAAUGAGAUUACUACUGGGACAGGCCCAAACAAGAAAAUAGCUAAAAGAAAUGCAGCAGAAGCAAUGUUGCUACAGUUGGGUUACAAAGCCUCUACUCCUCUUCAAGACCAGCCAGAAAAGCUUGGAGAAAACAAGAGUUGGAACAGCCAGAAUGUUGGGUUUCCUGAGCCAACAAGUAACACACCAAAGGGAAUACUCCAUCUCUCUCCUGAUGUUUAUCAAGAGAUGGAAGCAAGCCGCAACAAAUCAGCCCCUGGUACCACUGUAAGCUAUUUGUCAUCUAAAGAAAUGAGCCAGACUUCCAGCUCUUUCUUCAGCAUAUCUCCUACAACAAAUAGCACAGCUACGAUUGCCAGGGAACUUCUCAUGAAUGGAACAUCCCCAACUGCUGAAGCCAUAGGUCUAAAAGGAAUAUCUCCUGCUUCCCCCUGUUCUGCAGUGCAGCCUUCAAAACAGCUGGAGUAUUUGGCAAGGAUUCAAGGCUUUCAGGUACACUACAGUGAUAGACAAAAUGGCAAAGAGUGUAUGACCUGUUUGACACUGUCUCCUGUGCAGAUGACUUUCCAAGGUAUCGGAAGCUCCAUUGAAGCCAGCCAUGACCAGGCAGCGUUAAGUGCCUUGAAACAGUUUUCAGAACAAGGACUGGAUCCAGUGGAAGGGGCUAUGAAAGUUGAGAAUGCAUCACAUGAAAAACAAGUCAAGCAUCUGGGAGAGAAAGCAGACAAUAAACAGACUAACUCAGGCACCAUUGCUCAGGACUGCAAGGAUUCAAAGGCUGUCGUCUAGGAGCUUCCCAGCACCCACGGCUGCCACUGCAUCCUUAUAAACCUGUCAACACGCAAUAGGGUGUAUGUGUACAAGGAAAUGAAUGACUAAUACCAUUAUUUGAGUCUUAUGUGAAGACAACACUAUUCUAACACAAGAGAUAGUAUACAUGGUACUGUUUAUUCAACUGUGGAAAAAAAUAAAAUUGAACAUUUCCCUCAGAACUCAAGAUCAGAGCAUAACUCAAUUGCCCAGAGGCAGAAGAAGUCUGAUCAUGUUACUGGAGGUUAAAAUAAUAACUAAUUAACAAAAAGUGUUAGGAAAAAAAAAAAAAAAAAAAAAAAGGGAAACUUUAAAAUUGAUUAAUAUUGAGGAAAACAAGUCAGCAUUGGUUCAGUUAUACAAUUUUUUCGUAGUGUAGUUUUAAGUUCAGCUUACUGUUUUUUAAAUAAUGCUUGAAUAUUUUAAAAUUAACCAAUGACAGUGCUGUGAGAAUUGUAGUUGUUGUCUUCAUAUAUAGUCAUACAGCUUAUCUUUUUAUGCAGACAUUAUGCAUUUUUCAUUCUAUAUGAAUAUGUAUGACUUUAAGAUGCACUACUCAAGAGUUGUAUGCAAACAGAAGUUUAAAUCAUGACAAGUAUUUGCUUAACAUGAACAGAUGUUAGUUAUGAUCAGUCUCGAUAUACUCCAGGAAAAAAAACAGAUAUGGUAUUUGAUUUUCCUUGCCAUAAUCAAUUAAAGAGGCGUCUUGCCUCCAAGCAACAUUUUCCCCUUCAAUUCUGCUCUCUGUUGUGUGAAGCACAUCUACACCCCAUUCUGUGUGUUGUAUCAACCCACCGUUUGCAUCAACUGAGUGUUUUUAAUCUCUGCAUUCGGACCAAGAGCAAAAGGUAGGACUGAAACGUUAUCAAGCCAAGGAUGGAAAACUGUUGAUGUAAAGAUCAUUCUCUUGUGAUAGGAGUGGCAGCAGAGAUAAGACCUGUGGCUGCUCUGUACCAGCAUAUUUCUUUUCAGUGUGUGGCCAAAUGCAGUAAAACCACAUCAGUUCAUGUGUACAA